AAGAGUUAUUCCCCUUUUAUCCAAAUACUCCAUUUGUUCAGGAACAUUUUAUUUUUACUACCGUACCUGUUUUCUGACGACAUGUAGAAGAUCUGUUUUCAAAAAAUGCUGCAAGGAGACGAAUCUGCAUCAUGUAAUAUGCAUGCCAUGCGGGAUGGACACAAUCCGGUUCUAAGCAAUGAUGUUCAACUCAUAUACAGUGAGACACACCACGAUGUUUUAGCUAGUGACCCUUUAUUAAUCGACGAAGGUUAUAACACGGCCAACCAUUCUAAUGUUUUGGAUUCAUAUGAUGCUAGAAGUGAUGAAGAUGAUGAUGCAGAAUUGGCUGAUAAUCCUUUGGUUAUUGAUGAAGAUUAUGAAACAGAAAGUGACACAGCACUGACCGCUGCACAUUUGCCUGCACUGAUAAACGGAGAUAACGAUGCAUUACAUGCAAUUGAAAAAGAUGAAAAUGCCAACAGUAAUUAUUGUUUAAUUGAUCAUGAUUACUUGCCAAGUUCAGUAAAGAAUGCAUUUGAAGCUAACUAUGUUAACAGCUUUACAAGUAUCUAUCAGAAUGAGAAUAUUGUGGUUAUGCAAGAUUUGUUUAAUGAAAAAUUGGACUGGCAGGAGUCAGUGCAAGAAAAGUUUUUUGAAGAAGGAAACCAGGGUUUAGAAUUAGCUGAAUGCGAUCAGAAUAAUGCAAAAUUUGUAGUUGUAAACACAUUGAGAAAAGAUGAAUUUGAUACCAGUAGUAAACAGAGCUUUAAGAAAAAGGAAAAUCAGAAGGAGAUUUGUCGCAACCCAAAACUUGAUAAGAUAAACGAUAGUUCUGUUGAGAAAUCAGUGCAAGAAAAAAGACUUCACAGCAAAAAUCGGCGCAAAGAUGCUUCAGUGCUGUUCGUGAAGAAUAAAUUAAUAGAAAAGUUGGACCAUAAUGACGCAUCUUUUUCAAACAGUUAUACUAAGAAGGAAUCAUUUUCACUGGAGCAGUACCUCAACAAAACCAGUUCAAGUCCUUGCCAAGAUAGAGUAGUGUCGGAAAAGAAGCUAGUCAUCCCCAACCUUGAUUCAAAUAAGACGGUCUUAAACAAAGAACACACGCCGUCAGGUUAUUUACAAAGAAAAGUUUUGAAACCUUUGAAACCAAAGACAGGAGAGCAGUGUCUUUUAUUAGUACCAUUAAUAAUUCCUUUAAAACCAGAGCAAGCUCUUUAUAAGAUUGCGAAAACAGAACAAAGUUUGAAAAAGUGUAUACAAGUGGAAGGACUUAAUAAUAAGAUCCAAGUUAAACGAAGUCUUUUAGGUAGACAUAAACUAACAGUAACAAAACGAAAGCGUUCAGAAACCUCGAGCCACGAGCUAAAAAAUGGGAAAAUACCAGCAGUUGCAGACCCUGACGUUGGUAACAAUUUCACAGAAACGAACAGUUGCUCUACAUCGACUGCACGGAAUUCUGAUAAGAUUUUAUACCAUGACAAAACGGAAGAUGGGCUGUUAAAAAAUCAAGUUACUGACAGUACUGAACAGGUUGAAGGUGUAACUUCCGAUGCAGACUUUGAAAAUCCGUUUGACACAUUUAUUACUGGGUUAAAUGGCACACCAGAUGUUACACCAGAUAUAGAUAAGUUUAAAUCAAGUCACGCUGGAGAUGAUGAGAUUUCAGAUAUUAUAAACGAUGAUACUCAGGAUAUCAAACCUGAUCUUGAUCAGGUCACAUCUGACACUGGACCUGUGAAAAGUACCGAGGUGAAUAGUUGUGAGGCAGGCUCAGUGGAAUUAAAGGUGCUCAAAUGCAAGGAGUGUUGUUCAGUGUUUAACGACACAACAAGCUUUGAUCUUCAUCUUAUUUGGUGUGACGUCGAAGCCAAGAAGAGCAAGAUUUGUGGUGUAUGCAGAGUGGCAUUUCCUGAUCUCAAGUCAAUGAAUAGUCACGACUGCUCUCGUGUAUUGGACAGUGUUGAUUAUACAUGUGGUGUUUGCAAAAAGGCUUUCAAGAAACGAGAUGUUGUUUUUGCUCACAUGAAAAUUCACACCACGAAGAAAGAUUUUGUCUGUGAGGUUUGCCAGAAAUCUUUUCUACAUAAACACCAUUUAGUCACUCAUAUGAAAACACACCAGUCUGACAGGCCUUACAAAUGCCAAGUAUGUACAGCAGCAUUUAAACGCGUAUCCCAUCUUCAAAAGCAUCAGUCUUCACAUAAACCUGAUGGAGAGAGGAAAUACGAAUGCAAGCAUUGUGAUUGGUCUUUCCACGACAAAUACAAGCUUGCAAGACACGAGAAAACACAUUCAUCAUCCAUUAAAAAGUUUGUAUGUAGCAUCUGCCAAGGUGCCUUCCGAGAAAAGUAUAUUCUGACAAAACACAUAAAAAAUGUUCAUUCAGAUGGUACGUAUAAAAAUACAUCUUGCAAUAAACCGAAGCAGCCACUUGAGUGUGAAAUAUGUAGUGAAAUAUUCUUUUGGAAGAAACAUUUGCAGAUUCAUAUGGCUAGUCACAGUGAGGUACUAUGUGAUUCAGACGAAGACGCGGAUGAUGAUUUUAAAGAUGAGUUAGAAAUGUCUGAUAUCCCCAAAUCAAGUGACAUCGUUGAAAAAGGCGAACAAAAGGCUUAUCAUACAAGAAACAGUUUGAAAGGAUUUGGGAAAGUUAAAUGCCAGCACUGUACCCAAACCUUUAUAUCUGCAAAACUGAUGGAAAUCCAUACACAGACUGAACACAAAUCGGAGCUAAUGGAAGGUUCAGAUGUUGAUUGUGACAGUUGAAGAUAAUGAAAUUUAGAUAGAUUUAUUUAUAUAAUAAGAAAUGAUUCUGAUGAACAA